AUGGUGGCUCCUCUCGAUGUGGCAUCUCACACAACGUCACCUGCUGUGGUGACAUCUCCCACGCCGUCACCUCCCAUGGUGACAUCUUCCACAGUGGCACCUCCCGCAAUGUCACCUCCCAUGAUGACGUCUCCCACUGUGGUGGCGUCUCCCAUGGUGACAAGUCCCACGUUGACACCGUGUCCCAUGGUGGCACCUCCCACCAUAGUGGCAUCUCCCAUGGUGGCCUAA